UUCCUAGCAGACGGCAAAACGACAGAGUAGGAAGAGCGUAAUCGUUUAAUAAUUGUUUUGUUUCUGCACCUUAACAUCGAUUUAAAAACGUAGAUAUAUUGCGAACAGCCACAUUGCAGACAGGAUGUCAGGAUGGCAAGUUGUCCAGCUCUGCCGGACAGCCUGGUGCUUGAGAUCUUCCUGCACCUGCCCCACAACGCGGUGCUAAAUGCUGGCCUCACCUGUCGCCAGUGGCUGGCUGUGUCCCGAGAUGAGUUUCUCUGGAGGGAGCUCUUUUACAGCUACUACCGUAUCCCCCGCUCAGUGCCUCGACACCCAGCGGCUGUGUCCUGGUAUGGGGAAUUCAGGCGGCUCUUUGACUGCAUCCCAUGUGUGGAGGUUCAGACCCUGAAGGAGCACCAUGACCAGGUCCUGCACCUGGCCUUCUCGCAUCGCGGCCACCGCUUCUCUUCCUGUUCCAAGGACUGCACGGUGAAGAUCUGGGACACAGAGCAGCCGGAUGGCUCCAUCGCCCUGCUACACAGCUCCAGCAUGCGGGCGUACAACUGGGGAUACACUCAGUUCUCCCAGUUCAAUGCCGACGACAGCCUCCUGCUGGUUUCGGGGGUGUACCUGGGCCCACACCACUCCUCCUCCGGGGAGAUCGCCGUCAUUAGCCUCGAUAACUACACGCUGCUCUCCCGUGUGCGAAACAAACCCUAUGAUGUGUUUGGCUGCUGGCUGAAUGAGACUCAUCUUAUUUCCGGAAACCUCCACUGGAUUGGAAACAUGACUUCCUGCUCUGUGCUGUGGCUCAACAAGGCCUUCCAGGAUGUGGAGUCAGAGAAUGUAAACGUGGUCAAGCGCCUCUUCAAGAUCCAGAACCUUAAUGCCAGCAGCAUCCGCACAGUGAUGGUGGCUCACUGCCGGCGGCACGACUCGCCUGACCUGCUCCUGGACUACGAGGCCCAGUCGCGAGCCCGGGAGGAGGGUGACGGACAGCACCAACGGCAGACCCACCACCCAAUGUUUUUCGACUUGGGCAGUGAAAGUGAGGAGGAGAGUGAUGAGGAGCUGCCUCAGGCCCCCCCCUUGAGAUAUGAUCUGCACAGGCCUCACAAUCGCACAGUGAUGCAGGGUAAGCCCAGCACAGAGCAGGAGCGGGAGCUUGAGGCUGAGGUGGCACGAAUUCUGGGUAGAUCUCGCACUCGGGCCCCUGAUCCUGACCUGAUGUCCCCAUCCACCCCGGAGGAGGGCGAGGACAAGACGUACUUGUUGUUCACAACAGGCAGCCUUACCUACUCCCCUCACCAGAUUGGGAUCAAGCGGAUCAUGCCAGAUCAGAUGACCACGUGCGGGCCAGUUCUGGGUGAGGAGCGCAGCUCGGAGGAGUUCUUCGACUCGCUGGAUUACGUGAUCGACAUUCAUGGUCACAUCAUCGGCAUGGGCCUGUCUCCUGACCAUCGGUAUCUGUACGUAAACAGCCGGGCGUGGCCAGCAGACUGUGUGAUAACAGAUCCUAUGCUGCCACCACCCAUUGCUGAAGAGAUUGACAUGCACGUGAUCGACUUGAAGAGUCUUCGAGAGGAGAGGCGGAGCCUAAGAGCCCAUCGAGCCUUCACACCUAAUGAUGAGUGCUUCUUCAUCUUCUUGGACGUCAGCCGUGAUUUUGUGGCCAGUGGUGCGGAGGACAAGCACGGUUAUAUCUGGGAUCGCCAUUACAAUAUUUGCCUGGCACGGCUGCGACACGACGACGUAGUGAACUCGGUUGCCUUUAGUCCCGCCGACCAGGAGCUCCUGCUGUCGGCCAGCGAUGACUCCACCAUCAAGGUGUGGCGCUCACCCCGCAUAGUGCGCCUUGCCCAAGCCCCUCCACGGCCUCCCCGUCAUCGGAAACUGCUCCCCUCCUGGCUCGGGCGAAGGAACACCGACUCUACGUUCCUCAAUGGCAAACCCUAACUAAUAUGCUGAGGGAAGCAAGGGAGCCUUUUUAUUUUGUUUGAGAAACAAGUUUAUUCACCUCCGGUUGACCUUCUGUGUCCACCCUCUGCCAACAUUUUUGUUUUUAAUAUAUUGUUCCAUGCUGGGAACAGUCAGCUUUUUGAGCAUCCUAAACAGGGAGGCGCCAAGUCGAAGACACAAAGGCGCCAUUGAGACACUUUAGUCUAUGUCCUGCCCUCUCGUUUUUAAGCUGACGCUGUUAUAACCAGCUGUGUUCGAUCUGUGUGGAAGCGCCACUUCACGUGGUUUUGGACCACUCCCAGAGGAGCCCCUGCACACUCUGAGAACUUCUGAUUAGGUAGUAGAGCAGAGACAAUGUGUGUGGCUGUCCUUGUAAUUUUAUUCAGAGGUUAUUCGUAACGUGUCUUGAGGAAUGAGGUGGGGGGAAAAUGGAGAGGAAGAGACUGGGAUGAAGCAGGCAGACGAAGGAAAGGACACCGUUUGGAUGGGUCAAGAGGGAGUCAAGUAGCGAGCAGGGUGGAACAGCCACGUCGAUGUGUCCUACCUUCCCUAGUUAACUGUCCGCUUCGUUUCCUACCUGCGUCUUUUCCGAAGUUUUAAAGUCUUUUAACAAGAUGUGACGCCACAGCACGUAUAUAAUGCAUGCGUGUGUAUAGAAACAUAUUAAAUGUCAAGGGGGCUCAUGACGGAUCGCCACAAAAGGUGUCCCGUUUGACACAGUUCGAGGUGAAUAAGGGGCGACCAACGUUUUUAGGCUGUCUGCACUUCACUACGAGGGCUAAAAUGGAUCCCACUCCUAAUGCACGCUGUUACUGUGGGUAGCUGUGUGUGGGUGGACAACUUGAGCUGUCAGUAAGAGUGACAGUUCGACUUGUUCGGCACAACAGUGUCAUCCACUCUGCGCGUUUUGGUUCCAGGCUUUAAUGUUCUGGUAAUCCGUCCUUUGGAGCAUUUAUCUUAAGACACGGGGUGCCACUGAUCCUCAGUUGGGUUACAGUGAACAAAUUCAUGAAGAUUAAAGUAAUGAUGAAAUAAUGUGCAAAAAAUGACACAUUUUCAUCAGUAUCUAUUUCGGUCUGCCCCUCUGCAAUGCUGCUGCUGCUGCUGUAGCAGAAAUGAGGCGUUUUAGCGCCUUUGCUGUUAGUGGCCUCAGACAGCAGAGGGCACUGCU